AUGCGUGACUACGACGAGGUGAUCGCCUUCUUGGGCGAGUGGGGGCCUUACCAGCGCCUCAUCUUCUUCCUGCUCAGCGCCAGCAUCAUCCCCAAUGGUUUCAAUGGCAUGUCAGCCGUGUUCCUGGCGGCGACCCCCGAGCACCACUGCCGGGUGCCGGACUCUGCCAACCUGAGCAGCGCAUGGCGCAACCACAGCCUCCCGCUGCGCCUGCAGCAUGGCCAGGAGGUGCCCCACAGCUGCCGCCGCUAUAAGCUGGCGACGCUCACCAACUUGUCUGCGCUCGGGCUUGUGCCCGGGCGCGACGUGAACUUGACUGAGCUGGAGCAGGAGGGCUGCCUGGACGGCUGGGAGUUCAGCCAAGACGUCUAUCUGUCCACCAUCGUGACCGAGUGGAACCUGGUGUGUGAUGACGAUUGGAAGGCGCCCCUUACCACCUCCCUGUUCUUUGUAGGCGUACUCUUGGGCUCUUUUGUGUCUGGGCAGCUGUCAGACAGGUUUGGCCGGAAAAGGAUCCUCUUUGCAACCAUGGCUGUGCAGACUGGCUUCAGCUUCGUGCAGAUUUUCUCCAGCAGCUGGGAAAUGUUCACUGUGUUAUUUGUCAUUGUGGGCAUGGGCCAGAUCUCCAACUACGUGGUGGCCUUCAUACUAGGAACAGAAAUUCUGGGCAAGUCAGUUCGUAUUAUAUUCUCUACAUUAGGAGUAUGCACAUUUUUUGCAGUUGGCUAUAUGCUGCUGCCACUGUUUGCUUACUACAUCAGAGACUGGCGGAUGCUGCUGGUGGCGCUGACGGUGCCGGGGGUGCUGUGCGUCCCGCUGUGGUGGUUUAUUCCUGAAUCUCCCCGGUGGCUGAUAUUCCAGGGAAGAAUUGAAGAAGCUGAAGAUAUCAUCAAAAAAGCGGCAAAAAUGAACAAUAUAACUGUCCCAGCAGUGGUUUUUGAUCCUGUGGAGCUACAAGAGCUAAAGCCCCUGAAGCAGCCGAAAGUUUUCAUUCUGGACCUAUUUAAGAAUCGGAAUAUUGCCACAAUCACCAUUAUGUCUGUGUUGCUCUGGAUGUUCACUUCAGUGGGUUACUUUGCUCUGUCUCUCGAUGCUCCUAAUUUACAUGGAGAUGCCUACCUGAACUGUUUUCUCUCUGCCGUGAUUGAAAUUCCAGCUUAUGUUACAGCCUGGCUGCUACUUCGAACCCUACCCAGACGUUAUAUCAUAGCUGGGAUACUGUUCUUUGGAGGAAGUGUGCUUCUUUUAAUUCAACUAGUUCCUAUAGAUUACUAUGCUGUGUCCACUGGUCUGGUGAUGCUGGGGAAAUUUGGAGUCACCUCUGCUUUUGCCAUGCUGUAUGUCUAUACUGCAGAGCUGUACCCCACCAUGGUCAGGAACAUGGCCGUGGGGGUCACAUCCAUGGCCUCCAGAGUGGGCAGCAUCACAGCUCCCUAUUUCGUUUACCUAGGUGCUUAUAACAGAAUUCUACCUUAUAUCGUCAUGGGCAGUCUGACUAUCCUGAUGGGAAUCAUAACUCUUUUCUUUCCUGAAAGUUUUGGGAGAACUCUACCAGAGACUUUGGAGCAGAUGCAGAAAGUGAAAGGGUUCAGAUCGGAGAAAAAAUCAAGUGAGCUAAAGGAGAAAGAAGACUAUCCCAAGGUUUUAGUAACUGUAUUCUGA